CCAUCAACCGAGCUCUGGACCGCCUGCGUCGGGAAUUCGAGUUCAACAUUUCGGCUUCGCAUCACUUCGACGUGAGCCUCAACUCCAGCAAAACCCUGGCAGACGUGGCUGCGGACAUCAUGGAGGCGGUGGGCCGUCGCCUGCAUCCCGCCCGGCAGCUGCUGGGGCUUUCAGCCUACAUCUCCUCCUGCGCCAUCCUCUAUUUGUACCUGCAGGCUCUGCGUUACCGUUACCGCUACCUGAGGGACGACGCCUUCGACAACAUUUACAUCACGGGCCGCUUCAUCGCCAUGGACGCGCGGCGGGCGCAGAUGGGCCGCCCCACUGUGCUGCCCCUGGGCUGGAGGGAGAGCGGCCGCUACGUCCAACCUG